AUGUCAACUGGAAGACUUUUUGAUCACUUUGGUGACAAUCCAGCUGAUCAAGAAGAUUCUGUGGAUUUUGAGUUUUUCGAAGAACAUCGCGAGUCUAUACCGGAAUCAUUGAAAAAGAAUAGCAAUAUAAAUUAUGAAAACAAUAAUUCGAAUUUAGUUAAAACAAACAAUGAAACGUUUGUAGUAAAACAAAAACAGGAAGAUGAUCUGUAUAAACGGAAUGAAGAUCUUGAUUUAAGUGAUAAAACAUAUCACAGCACUGAAGAAGAAGAGGACACGAAGGAGAAAGAAGAUGAAAACAAUUCAGUUAAAAGUUCAACAUUUCACAAAUCAGUUAACAAUUCUGAUAGAAGAAAUAUGAAUAAAGCUGUAGUGAAGGAUAUCGACAGUGACUUAGUGAGUGAUGAUGACGACAAAGAAGAAUCAAUUUCAUCUCCUGACGAGAUUUCUAAUAUUCGUAGAAGUAAAAGUAAACAUGUAACAUCUAGAAAUUCUCCAAUACGACAAUCACCGGACAAAAAUAACAACCAGAAAAAGCAAACCAGACCCUCAUUUCAUAGUACUUCAAGUUUGGAUAUUUAUAAUGUAAACAAUGAAUGUAUUAAUGUUGCGCAAAUUGCAGAUGCUUUGAAAAGUUUUGACAAAAAAAUCCAUCGCUUACAUAUUCGUCCACCAUGGAAAAAUCCUAAUUCAAGACCACUUCCAAGUGAUCGAACAAUAGCAUUUUAUAACAUGUAUGAGGAUUAUUUAAAAUAUCGAAAUCAGCGACCAUUGUCAAGUUUAGGAUAUUCAACAACAAAAUGUUUGAAUGACGAAGUAGCUGUGCGUAGAUUGUAUCAUUCAACACUGAAUCGUUUGCGUCAAAAUGAAAAAAUACAGCUGGAAAACUAUGAAUUAGCUAAACGCUUACAAAAAAUUCGACCAACAACUGGUAUGACUAGAGAAGAACAAUUAAGAGAUUAUAAAAAAUAUUUUAUCACACCAAAUUCAUUAUAUCCCUAUCAAAAAUCAUCUUAUCAACAAAAUUUUCAUAUAAAUCAGAAAAAUAAUAAAAAUAAAAAACCAAAAAAUACUUUUAAACCAAAUGAAUUAACAUCUAAAUCACAUAAUAAAUACCAAACAAAUAGUAAUAAUAAUAAUAAUAUGAAGCGAUUCAAUAAAGAUGGUGAAGACAAGAUUACACUUGAAACACCAUAUAAUUCAGAAUCUAAUCAUGAAUCAGAUUUACAUUCUUCUAAUUUAAAUCAACAAAUUAAAUAUUCAAAACAAUUCAAUAAACCAAUAAUUAAUAGACAACAAUCUCCAAACAAUCGUUUAUCAUCAUCGUCGUCUUCGUCGUCAGAGAUUAUAAAUGGCGCGCUACUUGAGUGGUUCGUUACACCAGUAAUCGAGGCCAAACGCAAUUGCAAUUGUAAAAGAGAUACCAUGCAGACUGUAUUUAUGGUUGCUGAAAAACCAUCACUAGCUGAAUCAAUAGCGAAAUCGUUAUCUAAUAAGCGUAAUUCGAGUCGACGUGGAUUCAAUGGAGCAUGUUCUAUUCAUGAAUGGACUGGUCAGUUUAUGAGUGAACAAGUUCGCUUUAAAAUGACGUCAGUGUGUGGUCAUGUAAUGAAUGUCGAUUUCUUAAGUCGUUAUAAUAGUUGGGAUAAAGUAGAUCCUGCUGAGCUGUUUGUUGCACCAAUUGAGAAAAAAGAAGCUAACCCUAAAUUGAAAAUGGUGGAUUUUCUUCGUCACGAGGCGAAAAAUGCUGGUAUAUUAAUUCUUUGGCUUGAUUGUGACAAAGAGGGCGAAAAUAUCUGUUUUGAAGUUAUCAAUUGUGUUCAUUCAGUUAUGAUACAUCCCAAAAGAAUUCUACGUGCACAUUUCAGUGCUGUCACUGACCAAGAACUACAUGGUGCUAUGAAAAAUCUUAGAGAACCUAACAAACACGAAGCAUUGUCAGUAGAUGCUAGGCAAGAACUUGAUCUUCGAAUCGGUUGUGCGUUCACUAGGUUCCAAACGAAAUUUUUUCAAGGGAAGUAUGGUGAUCUAAACAGCAAUCUUGUAUCAUUUGGACCUUGUCAAACACCUACACUUGGAUUUUGUGUAAAACGACACGACCAAAUCCAGUCAUUUAAACCAGAAACAUUUUGGCGGAUAAAGGUCUCGGGUGUAGAUGAUACCGGGGGUGUACUAGAAAUGUCAUGGAAUCGUGAUCGUAUCUUUGAUAAAGAAGCUGCUUCAGUAUUUUUAAAUCGAGUCAAAUCUUCCAAAACAGCAGAAGUCGUUCAAGUAUCAGUUAAACAGAAAAUUAAACCACGUCCACAAGGUUUGAAUACAGUAGAAAUGUUACGAGUUGCCAGUGCUGGUUUAGGUAUUGGACCACAUAGUGCAAUGGCUAUAGCGGAACGAUUGUAUACAUCUGGUUACAUAAACUAUCCACGUACUGAAACAACAGCUUAUCCAAGCACAUUUGAUUUACGUGGAUUACUACAACAGCAGGUGAAUAAUCCACUUUGGGGAGAUCUAGCUCGUGAAAUUCUACACAGUGGGUUGACUCCACCUCGUGCUGGUCAUGAUGCAGGUGAUCAUCCUCCUAUUGCUCCCAUGCGUUUUGCGUCUUCCCAAGAACUCGGACAUGAAGCCUACCGAUUGUAUGAAUAUAUUACACAACAUUUUAUCGCUACCAUUAUGCCCGAUUGCUGUUAUGAGCAAACACAAGUGACUGUAUCCGUUGGUGAUGGUGAAUUGUUUACAAUAAGUGGAUUAAAAGUAGUUGAACCUGGUUUUACACGAAUAUUAACUUGGCAAGCAGUAGAAGAUAAAUCAUUGCCUAAAUCACUUCUUAAUCAAGGCUAUCAAUUCAAUUUACUUGAAGAACCAAGUUUGAUUGAAGGACAAACUGGUCCGCCAGACUAUUUAACUGAAUCUGAAUUAAUUACCGCUAUGGAACGUCAUGGUAUUGGAACUGAUGCAUCAAUUCCAACACACAUAGAAAAUAUCGUUCAAAGAGGUUAUGUUCAACUUCUUUCGGGGCGUAAACUACAACCUACACCCUUAGGGAUUGUACUUGUUCAUGGUUAUCAAACAAUCGAUGCCGAACUUGUCUUACCACAUAUGCGUAGAGCUGUAGAAGAACAAUUAAAUCAUAUUGCUCGUGGUCAUGCUAAAUAUGAUUUAGUAUUACAAUUUGUUUUAGCUAUUUUUGCCGCCAAAUAUCGUUAUUUUGUUGAACAUAUUAAUGGUAUGGAUCAACUGUUUGAAGUUUCAUUCACUACUCUAGCUAGUUCAGGUAAACCUUUAUCCAGAUGUGGUAAAUGUCACCGAUACUUAAAGUUUAUAGAUUCUCGACCACAACGUCUUCAUUGUUCAAUCUGUAAUGAAACAUAUACAUUACCACAGAAUGGUACAAUCCGACCGUAUAAAACCGAAAAGUGUCCUUUAGAUAAAUUUGAACUAUUAUGCUAUACUCAAGGUGGUAAAGGAAGAGUAAGUUCCUUUUUGACUUUUUACUCUAUGAUGUUAUAAUUCCGGUUAUUUUAUAACCUGGAAACACCGGACGGCCGUUUCGUCCUAUUAU